UCGCUCGUUCCCUUUAUCACAAAUCCCUCUCUCCUCUCUCUUUUCCCUUACCAUCCCCUCUUUUCAAACUCUUCUUCCUUUGGGGGGAAAAGACAGAACCAGUAAUCUGUAAAAUGAUGAGAGAUUUUUAUUCCAAUUUACAUGGAUUACCCUUUCGGAUGCGUGAACAAUAAUUGAGAGCUGUGGGAAAAAAAAUUCAUUAUAGUUGUUUCUUUUUUUUUUUGCCACGUAAAAUUUAAGCAGAUGUCGGCGGUUGACAGCAGUCUAGCCGGUUUAACUCUCGACGAUGUUUUGGGACAUGCUAAACGGUCUGAACCGCCGUCGAGUCAUAACCAUACGCCUCUGGAGACUGUACGAGAUGAUCCAGCUAACAAAGACAAGAAGAGUUGGAAAUUGUUUCGUGAAAAGCUUAAGCUCAGGAAAACUGGUUCGGGUUGGACCUCAUCGAUUUCGAUCCCGGCAUCUGAUGUUAACAUUCAAGCUAAGAAACCCCAAAACCCACGGCGUGUUUCCUUUGCUGAAACCAACCGCAUUGCCGAAAUAGGUGAUCGUGCUCCGGUAAGGAACCCCAAGGCGGCGCAAUUGGGUCGGAGGAGUUCCGUACGGUACGCACAAGAUCACCAAGAUCCCGUCGAUGCCGUUAUGCCCAACGACGGUCCACCAUCAAGAAGCUUCAAGCCACAAAAUAUCCAUAACGACGAUGAUGGUUCUCCUGGAUCAUCGCCAAAGGGAGCCCAGAGGAUAUUGUCAGCAAGAGAAGCAGUGGCUUCACAAGAAGCAGCAGAAGCAGCCGCAGCUGCAGCUGCUGCAGAAGCUGCAGAAAAAUAUGAUUCAUCCGUGACUGAGGAACCUGUUACGAUGUCGUUGAUGGAUUUGUUGGGUGAGUCAGGGUCGAGUUACAUAGGCGAAGAUGAUGAGGACGAGUAUGACGAAGAUGAGGAAGAUGAGGAAGAAGAGAUUGUGCAAGCGAAGGGAAUUGAGUUCACGUGUUGCAUUUGUAAGGUGAACCUUACGAGCUCAGUGUUUAUGCCGUGUGGGCAUACUUAUUGUCGGCUUUGUUCGAAGGAGCUUUUGGUUCAGCGAGGGAAUUGCCCGCAUUGCAAUGGCUUUGUGUUGGAAGUUCUUGAGAUCUUUUAAUGUUUAAUUUUUGUUCUCAGUUCUUUUUGUUUCUUCUUCCUGUUUUGCAUUUUGCUCAUUAAUUUUUUUAAUAUGAGUAGAUUAAAAAUCAUCUCUCAAUCUUAAACAA